AUCCCCCAAAACUCCUACGAAAGCCUCGUCAAAGGUGUGUGCUUGGGCGCCAAAAUGUUAAUUUAUGUGGUCGCGUCUGGCAGCGGGGGGCGGCACGAGCACAGCUGCACGCGUGGCUGAGGCGGCGACGCGCAUGCCAGUCUCCUACCUGUGCACGUGUGGCCGCGGCGGGAAGGAGGCGAACCGCGUGCUGCUCCCGCCUUCUUCAUCUGUGACACCACUACAAGGACUACAGUGAAGUUGUGAAGGAUUAGUAAAGUAUAGAACCUUUUCCUAAGACGAAUGAAAAGAUUACACAUAGCUAAGAAAAAGAAGAAAGUAGAGGAGUGGAAGAUAACAUAACAUAAAGAACAUAAAAAAAAACAAUAAAACAACAAUGAAAGGAGGAAAAAAACAAUUUGAAAAGUGUUACAGUGGAAAAAUAAAGUAAAGAGAAGUAAAUAAAUAAAACCGUAAGUUACAGAUACUGAGUGAGGAAACAAUACUUAUUUAUCUAACAUCUUAUUUCCUCCAGCAUCGAAAAUAAAAAAAAGAUAAAAAAAGAAGAAAAAAAAAAGCAAAGACAAAACAAACGAAAACAGACGUACUGGACACCGCAUGGAAGUGUAGAAGUGACUGACUUAAUAUCUUGGAUUCCGAACCCUCGAGGGACUUGUGACCUUUGUGACUGAUAACUCCAAGCAAGGGAGUGACCUUUUUACCUGGUAACCUCCCUUGUGUUACUAUCUGGCGGCCUACCUGUCUGUCUGGUGAUGGUCGUCUUCCGCGGACUCUGCUGCUACGACUACACCUGAGACAAAAGAGCCGACAUGACGAGUGAAGUUUCCGGCGCGGCCUCCAGGGCGGCGCUGGUGCUGGUGCUGCUGUCUGGCCUCGCGUGCUCAGCAAAAGGAUGCGAGUGGGGCGAGGAAGAGGAGCUCCGUCGGUUCAUCAGAGUGAGAGAAGACGCGCCUAUCGACCAUGUUCUGUUUAGCAUCACCGCCUCGCAGCCACACCUUCUGCAGCUCACCCCGCAGGACCAGGAGCCGGAUGGGGUAUUCCGCGUGGUGGUGGAGGGUGGCCAGGGGAAGGUGGUGGUGGCUGCUCCCCUCCAGUCCCUUACCUUUGGCCCCUCACCUGUGAUUAAGAUGUCGCUCACCUGUGGGAAUAAUACGGUGUCCGUGCCCGUGACCGUGUACGUGGACGAUGUCAACGACCACGCCCCCGUCUUCCUGGCCCAGAAUAUCACAGUCACUGUUGACGAGCUCACGCCAGUGGGGCUGACGGUCCUGCCGAGUAUAGCGACGAGCGACGCGGACCGGCCCAACACCGCCAACUCGGAGGUGGAGCUGGAGAUAGUCAGCGGCAACGAGGACGGCUUCUUCUCCCUGGCGGACCGGAAGCGCGGCGCCGUCACCCUCGCCAGGAACCUCGACUUCGAUGCCGGACCUAGGAGCUUUCGUUUGACGGUGGUGGCCAAGGACAUGGGCACCCCGGCACUCAGCUCCACCAGCACCGUCAGCGUCGUGGUGCUUGAUGCUGACGACCUACCGCCUCGCUUCACCCACGCCCGCUACUUCGCAAGGAUUCACGAGCACCCCGGAGCCGACCCUGGUGUAAAGGUCCUGCAGGAGGUGGAGGUACAGCCGUCACCUCUUCGUGCCGUGGAUGGGGACGCUGGACAGAACACCUCCGUCAGGUACUCGCUGGUGGACACCCCGGCGGCGCGGCUCUUCUCCCUCGACCCGAUGUCUGGGCGCUUGUUCCUGACGUCUCAUCUGGACCGGGAGAACCUGGCGGACCCCUCCCUCACGCUGCAUGUCAGGGCGGAACAGGUGGACGACGCGAGGAAGGUGGGGUCGAGCGUGGUGGUCGUGGAGGUGGAGGACGUGAACGACAACCUGCCCCGCUUCACCCAGGACGUGUACUCCAUCUCCAUCAUGGAAAACCUGCCCGCCUCCUUCAGCGUCAUCCAGGUGUCCGCCCAAGACCCUGACCAGGCUGCAAAUGGAGCGUUUAAUUACCACUUAGUCGGGGGCGGCGGAUCCUUGUCCAUCAACCCGCGCACUGGCUGGCUGACGGUGGCGAACCAGAGCCUGUUGGACCGGGAGGCGUCACCCGUCAUAUACCUGAGGGUGUGCGCGGACCAGCUGGCGCCCAUGGCCACCCGUGAUGCCCGCGCCUACACGCCCCCGCCCACAGAGGAACCCACAACGCCGAUGAAAGAACUUGACAUAUUGAAGGAAGAAGUUACAGCAGAGACGACGACACCCGAAAUAAAGACAAGAAAACCCGAAAUACGGACUAGAAGACCUGAGAUCCCAACGACGACAUCUGAAAUGCCAACGGAACGAAUCAGGAUACUAAUAAAAGAGGCCGAGAAUCCAGAGUUUGAUAUACCGACGGAAGAACAAGUGACUGCGACGGAAGCACCGGAGGCAACCACACUUACGGAGUUUCUUAGAGUGCCAGAGGAGACUACCACAGCCACUGCUUUUACGGACGUCAUACGGCUGGUUGAGACGACCGAGACGACCGAGACGACCACGACUUCUUUGCCCGAGACUACAGUGGCGGAGGAACUAAACGAUAAGGAGCCCACGCUUGUCACGGCGCCGCUUUUGAGGGAAGUUGUGAAGCCCAGGGAUAGAGGAAGGACCAGCACUUCGCCUGUAGCGCCAUCUAGGAGAAUGGCGCGAAGACAGAGGAUUCCGCUGCAGAGCUUCCGAAGACGUGUUACGAGGAGCACUGCGCGUCGUUCUCGUGGCGGCUAUGUCUCCCUGACCAAGAGAGAGACUACUGGAGGAUUUCGGGAAGAUGGAAGACCUCGAAAAAGAAGAAGAGAGGACAAUGUGCGUGUGCUUCUCAGAGUGCAAAGAAUCGAUCCCACUGCAGCCAAUCCUUUGAGGGAACUUACCGAGGGUGUCGCCGCUGAACCUAAAGAGAACGAAGCCUCACUACAAGGGAUUGAAGAUUCACCGCCAAGAUCUGAAGCUUUACGAGGGUUAUCACGACACACACCACCCACAGGCGCUUUCCAGUGGGGGGAGACGCGGCGCCGGGGACACAGAUCCACGAACGACACGCAGGAGGAGGACGCCGAGUCGUUGGUGCCGCAGUCGUGGUCGUGCGCCAAGGUCGAACUGAACCUGCUGGACGCCAACGACAACAACCCCGUGUUCCUGCCAGCCAACCAGUACGCCUUCACCAUCACCGAGAACGCCAAGAAGGGGGAUGUCAUAGGCUCGGUCACAGCAGAGGAUGCCGACGAGGGGAAGAACGGGCUGGUGAGGUACAGGAUACAGAGUCAGGUCACCACCACCAACAACCCAAGUAGUGAUACCAACGCCGUGGGGAGCGUGGCCGUGGGCGAGGCUGACGGCGCCCUCACCCUGCUGCAGAGCGUUCCCCCAGGGCAGCUGACGGUGUUGGUGGAGGCCUCGGACAGCCCCCUCAACCCCUCCGAGACAAGGACAUCGCUGGCGGUGGUGACGAUCAGCGUCAAGGCCACACACUCCUGGCAGCCGCGCUUCGAGGGGGCGCCCUUCGAGCUCUGGGUGGGGGGCGACGCUCCCGUGGGCACCAGCGUCGGCCAGGUGCGCGUGGUGGACCUGCCGGGGCCUGACCUGCUCUUCGAUAUGUUCCACGGCUACCAGGAAGGAGUGCCCUUUGCCAUCGAGGAGGAAUCGGGCAUCGUGAGCGUGGUUACUCCGCUGAGAAACUACUCGAGGUCUUUGUACGAGUUCGAGGCGGUGGUGACGGACGGGCGGGACUCCCUCGCCACCAACCUUACCAUCCACGUGGCUCCGACCCGCCGCCCAGCCAACAGGAGGGACACUAUCUUGUACUUCUCCAUACAGGAGAACCUGUCCGGCGGCGUGGUGGGCGACGUGGUGGCGGCCCUGCGGAACCUCAGCGUGCGGGUGCCUCCUGACCCACAGUUUGAACUUGUGAGUCCGGAGGCGCGGCAGUACUUCGCGCUGGCCCAGGACGCGACGCUGUACACGGUGGCGCCGCUGGACUACGAGGCGCACAGCAACCACACGCUGCUGGUGAUGAGCGCGCGGACCUCCGACAUCUACUACGUGCAGGUCCAGGUGGAGGACGUAAACGACAACGCCCCGCAGCUGAACGCCGUGAGUUACUUGGGCACGGUGCAGGAGAACGCGAGGCCCGGAACACCUGUCGCCCUCAGUCCAGCGGUCCAGGUGUUCGACAGAGACCAGUACCCAGGCUCCUCCUUCGUCCUGGAGUUGCUUGGAGACGCUUCCUCCCUCUUCUCCAUUGACUCCUCAAGCGGCAACAUCACCUUCAUCGGGAGGGACCUGGAUAGGGAGGUUACCAGCUCCUAUAACCUCCUGCUCGUGGCCCGAGACGACGGCAACCUCACGUCCACCGCCAACCUCACCAUCCACGUAGAGGACGUCAACGACAACCCUCCCAAGUUCAUGCAGAGGGAGCCGUUGUUCUCGGCCAAGGAACUCGACGACAGCAAGUCCAGGAAGCUGCCAGAUACUUCCGGACUCAAGCAUCUCGCAGACUUAGAAAGGUCGCUCAUCCGCGUCCCAGAGUCACUCCCAGUGGGCAGCCGCGUGACGCAGCUCUCAGCCACAGACGAGGACGAUAAAUCUUUUGCCGAUAUUCGUUACACCAUCGAGUCCGAAAAGUCGCUUCCCUUCCCGAACAGCGAUGAGCCGCAGAUCAUCAGAGAAACGAACAAGUUUUCAGUCGAGGCUAAGACAGGUGUCGUAAUUGUGGCCGCGAAGCUUGAACCAAACCACUUCUAUGUAGUGAAUGUGACAGCCACGGACGGGGGCGGCUUGUCAUCACACGCCGUGGCUGUCAUUGCCGUGUUCGACGUCAACGACCACACGCCACGCUUUGAGCGACCCGUGUACAACUUUGAGGUGGUGGAAGGAGAUUACUUGGUGGGUGAGGUGGGCAAGGUGGUGGCGUUUGAUCAGGACUUGGGCGAGAAUGGAGAAGUUCACUACCAGAUCAUCUUGCACCAGAAUGCCAGCCAAGACUUCGUGUUUCCCUUCAGACUGGGCGAGACCUCAGGGAUCAUCCUCACCACAGGCUCGGUUGACAGAGAGGAGCAGGACGCUUAUGAAUUCACAGUCGUGGCCUCGGACCGGGGUCAGCCACGACUUUCCUCCACGGUCACAGUUCGCAUCGAUAUCAUGGACGUCAACGACCACUACCCAGUGUUCUAUGGCUACCAGAAUAUGUCUUAUCCUCCCGACGAGUCCCCAGGGAACCAUUCAGACGUGACCUUCACCCCGAUAUACGAAGCCAGAGUGGCUGAGAAGGCAAAGAAGUUCACGAUGGUCACUCGGGUCUUCGCCAACGACUCGGACUCCAGCUCUUCAGGGAACGGCCUCGUCCUGUAUAAGCUUGAGGGCGGCGAGGACAAGUUUGCCAUCGACUCCAAGAACGGGAGUGUGUACACGGUGGGCCCGCUGGACUACGAGCGCUGGGCGGAGUACUCGCUUACGGUGGUGGCGCAGGACCUUGGCUCGCCGCCGCUCACCGCCUCAGCGCUCCUCAAGGUCACGGUGGUGGAUGUGGAGGAGGAGCUGACCGCCAGACUCUUCGACCGGGAGGAGUAUCAGCCGCGCUUCACGCUGGUGGCGGCGGAGGAGCCCGGCGUGGCGGCGGUGGACGUGGCCUCCGGCAGAGUGUUCCUGGUGGCCAGCCUCGACAGGGAGACCAAGGACAGGUACCACUUAAAGAUAAGAGCAGAGCCGUCGCCCCUCGGAGCACCGCCCAUCAAGCUACCGGAGUACACCAUCACCUCCUCCGGCACCUCCAUCAUCCGCGCCUCCCGGCCCCUCCCGCUGAAGCAUGGGGAGGGCGGGGAGGGAGGGGGCCCGUCACUGCUCUUACUCAACUCCAGCGACAACGAGGAGGACCUGAAGGCGCUGGUGAGGGUGUCCGCCGAUGUUGUGCCUCUGGGUAGCUAUCUGUCACCCGUUGUGUCCUCCAGCGUCAGACCGCCCGUACGUGUGUUGCAAAUUCCUGACCAUACCCACAGCAGGCCCGCGGAGGAACUAGGUCUGGACGAGGUGUGGGUGACGGUGGUGGUGGACGACCAGAACGACAACUCGCCCAUGUUCACCCCGCACGGACGCCCCAUCGUGGCCGCCGUCCCCGCCACCGCCACCUACGGGCAGUUCGUCACGCGCAUCGUUACUCAUGACCCGGACCUCGGCCUCAACGGGAAGGUCCGCUACGAGAUCCUGCCGGGGGAGGGGGCGAGGGAGGCGCUCACCAAGUUCACCGUGGACCCCGCCACCGGCCAGGUGGUGGUGGUGGGCACGCUCGCCGAGGACGCGGGGCGGAUGUUUGGCCUGGACGUGCGCGCCACAGACAGGGAUGGAGACGCCGCCGGCCGCUCUGCCAUUGCCAACGUGUUUGUCCACGUGCUGGGUCCCGGUGGCCAUCUGGUGGUGGAGUUAGCGGCGGCUCCUCGGGCGGUGGAGCCUCACAUCGACGACUUGCAAGGAAUGAUGACUAACCUGACGGGGCUGGAGGUUCGGGUGCAGAGGAUUGCCGCGCACGUAGAGGGGGACGCAGCCCACACCGGAGCGACGGACGUGUACGUGUACGCGGUGGACCCCGUGAGCCAGACGGUGGUGGAGGGCGCGGCGCUGCGGCGGGCCCUCAGGCGGCGUCGCGGCAUGCUGGACGCCAUGCUGCCCGCGGACCUACACCUCAAGGGGCUCCGGCUGCCGCUCCCACCCCGGCCCGGCCACGUACUGCAGACCGCGGAGGUGGCCAUCCUGGCGGGCGCGGUGGUGGUGUUCCUACUGACGGUGGCCGCCAUCGCCUGCCUCUGCUACAAGCAACGCAAAAGGCGUCGCAAGCCCAUGCCACUUCCGCCUCUGGUGACCACCGGGGGCAUGCCGGUGAUGCCCAUGGCCUACCCGGGGCCCUUCGCCGCGCCCUACACCCACAUGAGUGACCACAGCAGUGCGGACUCCACGGAGGCCCAAGAGGGGACCCACGACCACGCCCACUACCCAGCCGACCACGCCCAUUACCCCCAAGAGGCGGCGCGCUACCCCCCCGACCACGCCCACCGGCCUCGUCCUAUCAUCAGGCAGUCCCGCUGUGCCCACUCUUGCGUGUCCGACAUUGAGCACACGUGUGGCAGUGAGAGGUUUUCUGUCCACACUGACGACGACGAGUCGGCCUCCAUGUGUGCCCGUCACAUGACGUCCCGAAAGAGGCGACGCGGCGGCGAGGGCGCGUCCAGGGUUGGGGGCCGCAUCCCCGAGGAGCCUUCCAGCUCAGACCUGGACGAGCGGGACCACGCGCCGCCUACUCUCAGCGUGCCCGGCCAGCCCAGGUGUUGUGCGCGGGACAGGUAUCAACGUAGCGGAAGGAACACUCGAGGCCUGCCCACCGUUGACUGCUCGGCCGCCUCCUCCACCAGAACACACUCCCCGGACAGCCUGGAGCAACACCCCCACCAGCAGAGUCGCGGCGGCGCCAUCCACACCAUCCCACGCACCCAUCUGAGGCGGGAGUGGGCGGGGGAGGCGUCGGGGCGGGGCGGCGGGGACCUCGGCGGACCCAAACCCAGUGACGUGACGGAGUUGUAGCCUCGAGGAAGGAGAGGAUGGGGACCGUUCGGGGCGUCACCUGCGGCUGCUCGUGCAAGAUGUUGUAGUUGUUGGUACGGCAGAGUGGCUGUAUAUAGACUGUCUUAGGAGCUGUGGAAUGAUCGGAUUUACAUAUCAAGAGUCUCUAAUUAAUGUGUGUGUGUGUGUGUGUGUGUGUGUGUGUGUGUGUGUGUGUGUGUGUGUGUUGCAACGUUUUCAUGAGACACUUUAGGUGAUCAGCUAUAAAGUAGAAUAUUAUUGUAUAUAGAAUGUCUUGAAAACUGUAAAAUAUUAGAGUUUAUAGGAUGAGUUUAUACGUGUAUGAUAUUUUUAGUAGGCUUCAUGGUAGGCUGUUGGAAGCUGUUGGUGACAAGAUAGAUACCAAAAUAACGUAAACAGAAAGACAAGAAUUGCAAAAACUCCGUAAUAUUAGAGGUUUGGAUUCCGCCUAUAUUACCUUCUGUUGCAAUAAGGUGUUGGAAUAAGGCGUAAGUUUUGUAAGUUUUAUAAAAGUAGGUUAUUCUGAAGGUACGUUAUUCCUAGAGUGUUACUUUAUGCGAUUUUUCCAAGGUGACACGUCUGGUUGUAUGCGUUUAGCUGGUGUGUGUGUGUGUGUGUGUGUGAGAGAGAGAGAGAGAGAGAGAGAGAGAGAGAGAGAGAGAGAGAGAGCUUGAUUGACUAGAAGUGUAAGUUGUGCCAAAGGAAAAUACUCUACGUGCAUUCAUACUUCUAUUAUUAUCAUUAGUAUCAUCAGAAAAAAAGUUCGCAUCAUAAAUAUCUCGAUGUAUAUAUAAAUUACCCUAUCACUCAUUAUUCACUUCACACCCGAAAAAGAAAACGGAAUGGCACACACGAAAGGCCAAGUUUUAUAUCCUCUGUUGGUAAUUUGUUUUCACCUUUUUCCUUUUCUUUUCUUUUUAAAUUCAUCUUUUCUAUGUAUCUUUUCGCCUCGCCACAGUUUCGGUUUGUUCUCGUGGCUUCUCAAAUUUUCUGUUUUCUUUUCAGUUUUCCAUAUUUUCUGUUGCUUUGGGAUGCGGGAGGCGAAUGCAACACGUGUUAUUUCUACUUCUUCCUCUUCUUCUUCUUCUUGUUCUUCUUGUUCUUAUUUUUGUUCUUCUUGUUCUUGUUGUUCUUGUUUUUCUUCUUCUUGUUCUUCUUCUUGUUCUUCCUCUUCUUCUUCUUUGUAUCAUUAUUAUUUUAUCUUUCUCUCCAAAUCCAAAAAAAUAUAUCAUUCACUAAAUAUUUCAUUCUUGUAUAAAAUAAUUGACAGUGCGAUAAAAGAGCAAUGCAUUUAAAGAUUUGCGUUUGUGUUCAAGCUUUAAUAAUAAUCCCGUGUGAGUGUGUGUGUGUGUGUGUGUGUGUGUGUGUGUGUGUAAAUAAACCUCUGAGUAUAUAUAUGCUAUCAAACGCUGGAAUAUUACUCCGUGCUGUUAAUAAACCCACUAAAAGCACUAAGCAAGAAGAAAUAUAUCACAUGUAUCUAUAUCUUUACACCACAAAAAAACUGACCAAAUUCUUAUGUAACAAAAAACUCUUAGAAAUAUAUGUAACAAAAAGUA